AACACGACGCGCAUCAUUACGAGCAGCUAACAUGGACGUGUGGGUACUCGUGUGUCUCCUCUCCUUCUCGUCACUGUCUCACAGCGCUGAUCCCCCGGGACACCUGCAACCCAUCGGGAGCCACGCCCCUCCCCAAACUCUGGAAGUUAAACACGAAUUUCCACACCCCUCUGAUUUUUUCGCAAAAUAUGUUAAACCAGGAAUACCUGUAGUUUUCAAGUCUAUUUUGGAGAAUAUUGAUUAUAAACCAUACAAGACGUGGACAGACGAGUACUUGAGGGAGAGGUUCGGACACACCGUGGUGGAUGUGGAGACGGGGAAGAAGGAAGAUCGCAACAAGGAGCUGAAGUCGCAGACCCUCCGUCGGUUCCUGGACGAGUACCGCAAGGCCGACGUGUACUUGGUUCACGACCUGACCGCCGACAUGAAAAGGGACGUGGACGUGCCCUACUGUCUACGUUGUGGAGGGUUCCAGAAGCUGUUUACGAAGGCGAUAACGUGGUUCAGCAGCGGCGGCACCAAGUCCGUCCUCCACAUGGACGAGUUCGACAACAUCAACUGCCUCUUGGAUGGCACCAAGGACCUCGUCUUCUACGAUAAGAAAUACGGCCCUGACAUUGAGGCUGACGGCUAUGUGUGGGAUGGAUCCUACAGUUCGGUAGAUGUGGACAGUGUAGAUAUGUACAAGUUUCCCCGUCUGAGUGGUCUCCCCUGGUUCAAGGUACACAUGGAGAAGGGAGACUGUUUGUUUAUACCAUACAGAUGGUACCACCAAGUGAACUCGUUCGGUAGUCGGAACCUGGCCAUCAACAUCUGGCUGCACCAUCUACACUGGUUUAACGCCACCGACUGCUCUGUGGAUGUGUCGUGGAAGACGGAGGGCUCCCUCACUAAGUACGGCUACGGAGAACUGCAUGAAUCGUUCAGGGACAUGGUGUUUGCACCGCUUCGGAUGGAGGAGAGCCUGACGGAGGUGGAGUUCCUGGAGAGAUGGAGGGAGAUCUCUACUGACAAGGAGGCCAGUUCGAAGAUAUUCCACCAUAUUGACGUCAAUGGGGACGGUGAGCUGACGUGGGACGAACUCUACACCUUCAACGUGGACGAAAUGUUCAAGAUGUAUCCUAAAGGUUUCGGCAACGACUUCCGAGAAGAGUAUCGGAGUAAGAAGGACAUGAUGGUGUCGUUUCUGGAAUCCAGAGACCAACAAGGGAAGGAUCUGACACGCGAUGAACUUUAGAGGUUGGCAGUUUGUCAUACCGCUUUGACACCAACCAUUGGCAGUUGUGUUUAUUACAGGUCAAGCAGUUUGCUGUAUGAAUCCAUGUCUGAAUGGCAGCGUCUGUAAUACAUAAAUAACCUCAAACACAUAUACUCACACACCAUCACAUGCGCACGCACACACCUUUUCACUGAAGUGACAAACGUUUUAAAAAUGUGUUUUCCUUAUAUGAAGCUGACGACCUUGAUAUAGCUGAAGUGAUGUUCACAACGCCAUUAAACAACUAAAUUCACUCA